ACCAAGGACGGGACUGUCAAGCCAAUGGCUGCCAAGUACCGAAGCUUCAGAAAUCCCGUGCCUAACAUCGACAGCAACCAUGACAUCCAGCGGCGUGAUGGUCGUUCUGGCCCUUGUGGUGGUCUUUACUCACGGUGUCCGGGUGUGUUUCGUGCGCUGUCCCAACGGAAGUGCGUGCCCGGACGGCAGCACCUGCUGUCCGCAGAGCAGCGGACUUUACGGCUGUUGCCCGUACCCGUUGGCCGUGUGCUGCAGUGACCACCGGCACUGCUGCCCGGAGGGCCACAGCUGCAACCAGUCCAACGGCACCUGCAUCCAGAUCAUCACGUCCAUCAAGGAGAUCAAGACGCUGCUGACCUCCACUGUCCUCUUGCCGCAGCCCAGUGUCAACUCUGAAGCGAAUGCUUCGAGCAUCGUCAUCUUCCCCCGGGACCAGACGGUGGUGACUGGGCAGGUGGCGGUGUUUGUGUGCACGGCGGCGGGCAACCCGCGCCCGCAGAUCGAGUGGCGUAAGAAUGGCGAGCGGAUAUCCACCGUCCGCCACAUGGUGGUCGAGAUGCCCGGGGGCUCGGUGCUGCGCAUUGACCCCACCCGCACGGGGAGGGACAACGCCACCUACGAAUGCCUCGCCGAUAAUGGUGUUGGCGAACCUGCCCGGGCCCUGUUCGUGCUCACUGUGAUCGAAGAGAACGAGAUCCCGCCGGGGUUCCCGCAGUUCCAGCUGCUGCCCCACAUGCAAGCGGUGGAGCGUAACCGGAGCGCCCUGCUGCCCUGCCAGGCGGAGGGGGAUCCCGAGCCCUGGAUCUCCUGGCUCCACAACGAGGUGCCCGUCAACAUGUCCAACCCCAGAUACUCGCUGGUGUCCGGCGGUUCCCUGCAGAUCUCCGAUGCACAGGAGGAAGACCAAGGGAACUACGAGUGCAUCGCCGAAAACAGCGUGGGCACUGCCAUCUCGCCCAUAGCGAGACUCUAUGUCCGCGUGCGCCGUGUUUCGCCAUACUUCACUGUGCCCCCCGAGUUUUCGUACGAGGUCACCCCCGGGGCAAACCUUAACCUGACCUGCGUGGCGGUGGGUUCCCCGAUGCCGUACGUCAAGUGGCGCCGGGGUCAUGUGGACCUUAUACCGGAAAGCGACGUGCCCGUGGGACGCAACAACCUCGUGCUGGAGAACAUCAAGGAGUCGGCAAACUACACCUGCGUGGCGUUCUCCUCUCUCGGGAGCAUCGAGCACGUCUCUCAAGUGCUCGUGCAAGGUCAUGCCCAGCUGUAAAAGACGGUGUGCUAGCCAGGCAUCGAUCAGUCCCAUGCCGCCCACUACCUGUCUCAGAGCAACUGCACCAGGACCUUGGUACCCCCCCUGCCUGCUGUGGACGUCGGUCAAGUGGAUCAAGCCCACAGUUAAAGUUCCCGCCAAUAAAAAUAUUAGAGGCCUCAAUAAAAUGAUGUUCUAGAUCCUCAGAAAA